AUGUCCGCUGCUGUUUCUGCUCCCUCUACUAACCCUGUUGUUCCAGGAAUGUCUAACCCUGGCGCUCAAAUUUCCGUUGAGCAACAGCAACAACUUGCAAUCACUCAAGUUCCAUUUGGUGUCCCGCCUGCUGCUCCUCAAGCCUCUGCAUCUCUUUACGUCGGCGAGCUGGAUCCCUCCGUCACAGAGGCUAUGCUUUUCGAACUGUUCAACAACAUUGGUCCCGUUGCCAGCAUCCGUGUUUGUAGAGACGCUGUUACCAGAAGAUCUCUUGGCUAUGCUUAUGUUAAUUUCCAUAACGUUGUAGACGGUGAGCGUGCUCUUGAAUCGCUCAACUAUACUUUAAUCAAGAAUAGACCAUGCAGAAUCAUGUGGUCUCAACGUGAUCCUGCCCUUCGAAAAACUGGAACUGGCAACAUUUUUAUCAAGAACCUUGAUAAGUUGAUUGACAAUAAGGCUCUUCAUGAUACAUUUUCGGCAUUUGGUAAUAUCCUUAGUUGUAAAGUUGCCAUGGAUGAUGGUGUCUCUAAAGGCUAUGGUUUUGUACACUAUGAAACUGCUGAGGCAGCUGAAAAUGCUAUUAAUUCCGUCAACGGGAUGUUGUUAAAUGAUAAGAAAGUAUAUGUUGGUCAUCAUGUCCCUAAGAAAGAACGCCAAUCAAAACUUGAAGAAAUAAAGGCGAAAUUCACCAACAUUUAUGUUAAAAAUCUUGAUACUGAAGUCACUUUAGGGGAAUUCAGUGAUAUAUUUGCUAGAUUCGGUCUGAUAACUUCUGCUGGCUUUGGUUUCGUUAACUAUGAGAAUCAUGAGGAAGCUGCUAAUGCAGUUAAUGAUCUUCACGAUACCGAGCUCAAAGGCAAAAAGCUAUUCGUAGCUCGCGCUCAGAAAAAGCAUGAGCGUGAAGAAGAACUAAGACGCCAAUACGAACAAGCUAAAAUGGAAAAAUUAAAUAAAUAUCAAGGCGUAAAUCUUUAUAUCAAGAAUCUUGAAGACGACAUUGAUGAUGAAAAAUUACGACAAGAAUUCUCGGUGUACGGUGUAAUUACAAGCGCUAAAGUAAUGAGGGAUGAAAGGGAUCAAUCAAAAGGUUUUGGUUUCGUUUGCUUUUCUUCUCCUGAUGAAGCUACCAAAGCUGUAACCGAAAUGAAUGGCAGGAUGAUUGGUAGCAAGCCAAUAUAUGUUGCACUUGCCCAACGUAAAGAUGUACGCAAAUCUCAAUUAGAAGCUCAAAUCAACCAAAGGAAUCAACUCCGUAUGCAACAUCAAGCGGCAGUUGGAAUGGGUGCGGGUGCUUAUAUGCCUGUCGGUUAUGCUCACCCAGGAACUUAUGGUAGAAUUGGUGGAGGUCGUCCUUCUCACUUUUACGGUAGUGUUGGUAUGAUCAAUCCCGUCCCCGGUUCAACUCAAAACCUCCGAACCAACAACUACAAUCAAAUAGUUAAUCGUCCUAAUGGGCGUCCUCAAGGUGCUCCACAAAACGCUGGUCGUCCUAAUGCCAAUAAUCGUGGUGCUAGGAAUCAAUAUCAACCAGCCAAACAACACAACCAAUAUUCUCAGAAUAAUCGCGCUACCAACGGACAAAGUUUGUCUAAUGCUCGUAAUGCUGCACCAGUUUCACAAAGUAGCACUUCUGCUGUGUUCGAUACUAGAAAAUUCGCUGGAGUUUCACCCGAAGCACAAAAACAGAUACUUGGUGAACAACUUUUCCCUAAAAUCUCUGACCGUCAACCUGAAUUGGCCGGUAAAAUUACUGGUAUGUUAUUAGAGAUGGACAACAGUGAAUUGUUGCACCUUUUGGAAAAUAAAGCCGCUCUUGACUCUAAAGUCGAUGAAGCUGUUAAUGUAUUGAAGCAGCAUGCUAUGAGCACUGGUCUAAACUUCCCCGAUCCGGAAUAA